AUGGAUCAGGUGAGGCAGAAUACCUGCGGAGUCAACGUCGGCGGAAUAUUGAUAAACAACCUGAGAUUUGCCGACGACAUCGAUCUCGUCGAUGAAGACAUUGACUCACUACGAAGACAGAUCGAGGAAACGAAAAACGCCGCCGAACAAGCGGGACUUCUCCUAAAUACAACUAAAACGAAAAUCAUGGCAUCUGGAGAAAGAAACAUUGAUGAUAGUAUCGAAGUGGCAGGUGAAACCAUAGAAAACGUGGAAAGAUUUGAAUAUCUCGGCAGCCUUCUGACGUGGGACAAUGACUGCUCAGAAGAUAUCAAAAGGAGAAUAGGAAAAGCGACAGAUGUGUUGGCUUCAUUGAAGCACAUUUGGAACAGCAAGAAAUUGAAAAUCGACAAUAAGCUUAGAGUCCUGACCACUUGUGUCAUCAGCGUAUUGUUAUACGCCUCAGAAACGUGGACUUUGAAAGAGACCGACACGAAAAAAACUACUGGCGUUCGAAAUGAAAUGCUAUCGACGGAUUCUGAAAAUCAGCUGGAAAGACAUGAUACGAAACGAAGAUAUCCGAAACAAGAUAUCCAGACAGAAAACCAUAGUCGACACGAUCAAGAAAAGAAAACUAGGAUUAUUCGGUCACAUCUGCAGAAUGGAAGAUAA